UGUCAAUAGUGAACAUAGAGCCGUCGUCGUGUGCUUUAGGAGCACGAUAAACGCGCACCCCCGUGAUAUUUGAAGCGAGUUCAGGCCCUUCACGUGGAGAACAUGUCCGAUCGACGGAAGCAUGGAACGAGCGCGGAAAUGACAAUCGCGAAUGAGCCGAUAAAAUUUGAGAGCGUCGUGCCGAAAAUCAGGCAACAGUUAUUAAGAUGGAACGGCUGGGGUUACAAGGAUUCCGGAUUCUGUGUGAAUAAUAAAAAUAUACUAGAAUUUACUGGUAACAGAUAUCCUAUUGGAAACCAGGAGCUUCCAUACUUCACAAAGUGGUGUGAAAAAACUUUUGAUUUAUCAUGGGACAUGAAGAUUCUGUCGCAGGAUUUACCAACCGAUUUACCGGAACCGAUUCUUUCGGAGGAAUUAUUGAAUGCGGUCAAAGAGUUGAAGGUCGACCACUCAACCGACGAUGUCGAUCGUCUCUUUCGAGCACAUGGUCAUACACUGCGAGAAAUUUAUCUUUUGAAGCGUGGCUGCUUCGAGAGAAUACCGGAUAUCGUCUUGUGGCCAAAAUCUCAUGACGACGUUGUCAAGAUUGUCAAUAUAUGCACACGCUAUGGGGCCGUCUGUAUACCUUUCGGUGGCGGAACCAGUGUCAGCCGCGCGGCAGGUUGUCCAUCGAAUGAACGGCGAACAAUAAUCUCGUUAGAUACGUCGCAGAUGAAUCGGAUAUUAUGGAUAGACAGGGACAAUCUGUUGGUAUGCUGCGAAUCGGGCAUUAUUGGCCAGGAUCUCGAGCGAUUACUUCGCCUUGAAGGAUUUACGUGUGGCCACGAGCCUGACUCCUAUGAAUUUUCCAGUUUAGGUGGAUGGGUGGCGACUAGGGCGAGCGGUAUGAAAAAGAACAGGUACGGCAACAUCGAGGAUUUGGUCGUGCAGGUGCGAAUGGUCACAGGCAGAACAGAGGAUCCCGUCAUCACUUUGGAAAAAGGCAGUCUGGUGCCACGCACGUCUUGUGGGCCGAAUUUCGAUCACGUGAUUCUCGGCAGCGAGGGCACCCUGGGCGUCGUCACGGAGGUCGUGUUGAAGAUAAGACCGUUACCGCGAACGGUGAAAUACGGCAGUAUUGCGUUCCCGAAUUUCCAAAGUGGCGUCCAAGCGUUACGUGAGAUUGCGAAGGAACGAUGUCAGCCCGCCAGCAUACGCUUAAUGGACAAUGAGCAAUUUCAAAUGGGACAGACUCUACGCCCGGAAUCCGGAUGGGGCGGCUCGAUAUUGCAAGGACUGAAACAAAUGUACAUCACUAGAAUAAAGGGUUUCCGAUGGGAUGAGAUGUGCGUGGCCACGCUGCUGAUGGAGGGCGACGUGGCGGCGGAGGUCACCGCGCAGGAGCAGAAAAUUUACAAGAUAGCCCAGAAGUACGGGGGCGUAGCGGCGGGCGGGACGAACGGUGAACGUGGAUACAUGCUGACGUUCGUGAUAGCGUACAUCCGCGACUUGGCACUCGAGUUCAACAUAUUAGCGGAAUCGUUCGAGACGUCCGUUUCUUGGAAUCGCACGUUGUCGCUGUGCAGAAAUGUCAAGUCUCGCGUGGCCAGGGACUGCCAGGCGCAUAAUGUUCCUAGAUAUUUCGUUUCCUGCCGCGUCACGCAAACCUACGAUGCUGGUUGCUGCGUGUACUUUUAUAUGGCGAUUAGCUGCAUAGGCCUGGAGAAACCCGUCGAGACUUACGAAGCCAUCGAGCAUGCGGCGCGGGAGGAGAUACUAGCGAGCGGCGGAUCCCUCUCGCAUCAUCACGGAGUGGGAAAGAUACGUGCGUCGUUUUAUCCCGAGGCCGUCGGCGAAGUGGGUGUUUCGCUUUAUCAGGCAACUAAGGCGCAUUUAGAUCCGUAUAAUAUAUUCGCGGCUGGUAAUAUCGUUUCAGGGUACAAAUCAAAAUUGUGAAUCGGUUCGUGAAGUCGUAUGGUAGUGUAGCACUGGGAAACCUGUAGAGUUAGUUACUUCGUUAGUGAUAUUUGCCGGUAUUUUAAUCCUUCAAGAUACACGCCCGUGAUAUAUGCAAGCACGUAUCUAGCUAGCCGAUUUCUACAUGUUCAUAAUUGUGUUCAAUUUUUAAAAAAUAUUUUAUACAUCGCUAAGAAUGAAAAAUAAAAUAUGAUAUGCUUAUACUUUUA